AUGACCAGUGAAGAUACAAUUGGCACCGGCAAGAUCAGAAAACUUGACCCGUUGGUUGUGAACAAGAUAGCAGCAGGAGAAAUUGUAAUCCAGCCAGCCAACGCGUUGAAGGAGUUGGUGGAGAAUUCUAUAGAUGCCCAUUCCACCAUGAUCGAUAUCCUAGUCAAAGAUGGAGGGUUGAAACUUCUCCAAAUCACCGAUAAUGGCGACGGAAUUGAGAAGGAAGACUUGGGGCUUUUGUGUGAACGGUUUGCCACGUCGAAGUUGGCCAAGUUUGAGGACUUGGAAUCGAUUGCAACCUUUGGAUUCAGAGGUGAGGCUUUAGCAUCGAUAUCCCACAUCUCGCGUUUAUCAGUGAUUACCAGGAGCAAAAGCAGUACUUUCCCACUCGCGUACAAGGCAUACUAUAUCAACGGGAAACCAGCUGGACAGAACUUCAAAGGAACUAACACAGAGCCUAAGGCCAUUGCUGGGAAAGAGGGAACUCAACUUAUAGUGGAAGACUUGUUUUACAAUCUUCCUUCGAGAUUGAGCUCCAUACGAUCUCGCAACGAUGAGUACUUGAAGAUAUUGGACGUGGUGGGGAAGUAUGCGGUGAAUAGCGAUGGUGUUGGAUUUAGCUUGAAGAAACAUGGGGAUUUCCAACAUGCUUUGAUGACUCGUCCCGGCAUGCCUCUCAAAGAAAGAAUAAGAAUGGUGUACGGAGCCGAGUGUUCGAACCAGUUACUUGAUCUUGAGGUCAAUGGUGAUGAUACUGAAGGCCAGUAUUUGGACAAGUUCGGAAUGGUUAAAGUUAAAGGUGCAAUCACCAACUGUAAUUUCAACUACAGAAAGAAGAUGCAGUCUAUAUUUUUCAUUAACCAGAGACUUGUGUCGUGUGAUCCUCUUCGAAGAGCUAUUCACUCGAUCUACCUGAUCUUUUUACCAAAAGGGUUUCAACCGUUUGUAUAUAUAAGUCUUGAGUUGAAACCUGAAAUACUUGAUGUGAACAUUCAUCCCACUAAAAGAGAAGUGAGAUUUUUGCAUGAAGAGGAGAUAAUCGAGGUGAUAGUGACAAAUGUGCAUAAGCUUCUCACGAGCGUUGACACUUCUCGGACUUUUAAGUCUCAGAAUUUGAACUCAAAGAGAGAAAGGCAGGAAGAGGUCGAGUAUUCUCAGGUGGCCAAAAAGUACAGACAGGAGAAUAAGUUGGUUAGAGUGGAUGUCAGUCAGCCUCGUUUGAAUGAAUUGUUGUCACAUCGAAAUUCAGGGUCUGCUAAUGUGUCCAAGCAGGAUAAAUUUAUCAAUUCAGCUACUAGAGCCCCCUCAUUACCAACCAGUGAAUCAGACGAUGAAACUCGACUUGCUGAUACAAAAAGUGCGUCUUCAGAUGACUCGGACAUACACUUAGAAAUAGAAAGGAUCACCUUCCCGGACACAAUGGUGGUAACCGGCCGGAAACGAGUUCUGCAGACUUUGGACAGUGUAAUUGAGUUGAGAACAUCGGUAACAGAGUCUACAAAUAUCGAACUCACAAACAUUAUAAGCAAAAGUUCAUAUAUUGGGCUUGUCGACGAAUACAAACGACUCUGCUGCUUCCAACACGAUGUGAGGCUCUAUCUUUGUGACUACUCCGCGUUACUUUUCGAAUUUUAUUACCAAGUAGCAUUAAGUGAGUUUUGCAAUUAUGGUAUAGUCGAACUUUCAGAACCGGUUUGUUUAGAAGAACAGCUCCAAAGUCUCCACGAACUUGAUACCACUAUCCCACUUCAAGAUGCUCAGAGCAUGAUACAAGAAAUUUUCAACAUGAAAGACAUGUUUGGAGAGUAUUUUCUGAUGAAUUUCGAGAAGACUGACAACAAGCAUUACAUUGUUUCACUACCAAUGCUUGUCAAAGAUAUUAUGCCCUGUUUAAACAAGCUUCCUUUUUUCUUGUAUAAGCUUGCAACAAAAAUCAACUACGAAGACGAGCAAAAGUGUCUCCAAGGAAUCAUGAAACAAAUUUCUUUACUAUAUUUGCCUGAGAUAGUGGAGGAAGAAGACUCAGACGAGUCAACAAGAGCAGAAACAAAUAAAUUUCUCUCCGAAACGAUUUUUCCCCUUCUAAGAACCCAUUUCAAAGCCCCAAGCUCGUUGUCGGCAAACAUAACGCAAAUAGCCGACUUACCGGGCUUAUAUAGGAUAUUCGAAAGAUGCUAACGAAAAAUACACACGCUCGCAGAUUUAAAA